GUCCUAUCGAUUAGUACUAGUAAAGCUUCUGAUCUCUGACAGCUUUAUCCAGGACCGUACUCAGCUUCAACUACCUUCAAGUUACGGCCAUGUUCGACUCAGAGAUUCAAACUACCAUUAGCCCCCACAACCAGCAACCUAUCGUGACUCGCAAAUAUCCUACUGAAAAUGAGCUGAACGAUGUAAUCAAGGAGUCUGCUCAGGCUCAGAGAGAAUGGAGCCGUGUUGCUCUUCCGGAGAGAAUUGCAAUUGGAAGGAGAUUUAUAGAUGAGUUCAGGAAAAUGAGCGAUGAAGUUCCUAUGGAGCUCACUGUCCAGAUGGGUCGGCCAGUGAGCCAAGUCCCAGGAGAAGUUCGUGGAUUUCUCGAUCGCGCCGAUUACAUGUUGUCAAUCGCAGAGUCCAGUCUUGCGGACGUGUCGCUCAAAAAUACAGAUAAGCCUGGCUUCAGAAGAUAUAUCAAACGUACUCCUUUAGGUGUUGUUUUCGUCGUCUGUCCUUGGAAUUUCCCCUAUCUAGUCUCCGUCAACGCGGUCCUUCCCGCUAUAAUCGCGGGAAAUGCUGUCCUCCUAAAGCCCUCUCCUCAGACCCCCCUCACUGCUGAACGAUUUGCUCUUGCUCUCACACGGGCCGGUGUGCCCAAGGGAAUCAUUCAGGUCUUACAUCUCUCACCUCCUUUGACGAAAUACGUUGUACAACAUUCACUUGUGGAUUUUAUCUCCUUUACUGGGAGCGUCAGCGCAGGCCAAUCGAUAGAGCAAGCAGCCGUAGAAUCUAAAGGGUUUAAGGGUGUUGCCCUCGAACUCGGAGGAAAAGAUCCUGCUUACGUCCGUGAAGAUGCUGAUGUCGACUACACAGUAGCAGAGCUUGUUGAUGGAGCGAUGUUCAACUCUGGACAAAGUUGUUGUGCAAUCGAGCGAAUUUACGUCCACGAAUCACUUUACGAUCAGUUUGUCACGAAGUAUGCUGAUAUCGUCAAGAAAUAUAAGCUAGACGAUCCCACUUUACCAGAAACCAAUCUCGGCCCCGUUGUCAGUCUCGCAAGCGCACAGAAGAUUCGCAAACAAAUCGCUGAUGCUGUGAAAGCAGGUGCAAAGGCUCUCAUCCCAGAGGACCUUUUCCCAAUUGCCCAGCCUAACACAGCAUAUGUUGCGCCUCAAGUGCUGAUUGACGUGGAUCACUCCAUGGAUGUUAUGAUGGAAGAAACAUUCGGGCCAGUGGUCGGUAUUCAAAAGGUCUCGUCCGACGAUGAAGCCAUUCGCCUUAUGAACGAUUCGCCCUAUGGCCUGACGGCAUCCAUAUGGACGAAUGCAGAAGCCAAUGCUGAAUCCGAAGCUGCUUUCCUCCGUAUCACAGAUGAACUGCAAGCCGGGACAGUGUUUCUCAACAGGUGCGAUUUCCUCGAUCCCGCUCUUGCUUGGACAGGCGUAAAAAACAGUGGACGUGGUAUCAGUUUGAGUAAAUUCGGUUAUGAUCAAUUGACAAGAGCGAAGUCUGUUCACAUGAAAAUCAAAACAUCGUGAUUUCUAAUAGUAUACAUGACAUAAAAAGAAUUACAGAGAACUGUCUAUCAUUCAGAAGAAUCACUGUACAACUAAGACAAUCAUCGAGCUAUCUGAUGUGCCACAAAAGAGCUGAAAUUUAAGAGCUGGUCAGUUAUUUAUAAAACAAAUACGCAAAAACAGUCAAAGCGAAAUGGUCAGGACCCUCAAGCGUAUAGUAUAAGAGGGACUGGGAAGGUUAUCCUCAACGCGCAAAAGCACUCGGUCUGGUGCACAGCAAUGAAAUCAUCACAAAUAUGGAGCGGAAGCUCAUGAAAAGUAUUUGAUACUCACUGUCAGAUACCUUUGAUGAUUGAGCAGGAUGUCGUGUAUAUCGCGGCUUGAGAGCUGC